AUCAAAUGUGUUGCUCAAGUUUUCAGUUUUGUAAUUUUGUUGGCUAAAGUGACAGUAGUCAGUUCCAUGCAACUGUACUGCUAUUAAAUCCAGUAUUGUAUAUUGGUUACAAAUAUGUUUUCUUCUUUAAGAAAACAAUCAGUACGCUCGUUAAACAAAACUAUUCAGACAUGUCGUUAUUCGCAGUCACCGAAAGUAAUAAAAAAUGUCACACCAGCCAGUAUGAAAAGAGGUACUGGAGGGCGCAGUUCUUUUAAUGGAACUGUUUGCACAAUUUUUGGUUCCACUGGAUUUUUUGGCCGGCAUGUUAUUAAUCGUUUAGGAAGAACUGGAACUCAGAUGGUAAUUCCUUAUCGUGGUGACCAUUAUGAUUGUAUGCAUUUAAAACCCUUGGGCGAUCUAGGACAGAUUAUUUUCCACCCAUUUGAUAUUCGUGACGAAGAUUCAAUUCGCAGAUGCGUUAAAUAUUCAAAUGUUGUUAUAAAUUUAGUAGGAAGAGAAUAUGAAACUAAAAAUUUUUCAUUUGAUGAUGUUCACGUGAAGGGUGCAAGAACGCUUGCUAGGAUUUGUAAAGAAAGUGGAGUUGAAAGAUUUAUUCAUCUUUCUUGUUUAAAUGCAAAUCCAGAUCCAAAGCCAAUAAUUUUAAAAAAACCAUCUCGAUACUUCACAUCAAAAUGGGAGGGAGAAUUAGCAGUUAGACAAGAAUUUCCUGAAGCGACAAUUAUUCGACCUGCUGAUGUUUAUGGACAAGAAGAUAGAUUCUUAAUGUUAUAUCAUAAUAGAUGGAGACAUCAUUUAAUUCAUGGUGUUCCACUGUAUAAGAAAGGCGAAGUUACCGAAAAACAACCAGUAUGGAUUGGAGAUGUAGCAGCUGGAAUUGUGGCUGCUAUGAGAGACCCGGAAUCAAGUGGAAGAACUUAUCAGUUUGUUGGACCGAGACGUUACAAACUUGCUGAUUUAGUUGAUUGGUUCAUGAGAAUAUUGAGACGUGAAGCCGAUACUGCAAUGUUUAGAAGAUUGGACAUCGACUAUUGUCCUCUCUUCAAAUUAAAAGUUGCAAUAACUGAAAGAUUGAGUCCAGCAUAUCCGCUCGGAUAUUUAUCUUGGCAAUACUUAGAAAGAGAGCAUACCACCGACAAUAUUGUAAAAGGUGUGCCAAAACUUGAGGAUCUUGGAAUAAAUCCAACAGUAAUUGAUACACAAGUCUUAUGGGAAUUGUCGCCAUGGCGAUAUGAUUUGUCUAGUCAGAAAUAUUAUGAAUUAUUUGAAGAUCCCCCUCCGCCAGCUCAUAUUACUAAUGCAACAGUUUAACGAAUUUUCUACUCGAGGUGUUUUUUGAAUGCAAAGCAAGAGUGUCAUCAUAUAUCAAAUCAUCACUCCACUUUUGUUUUCAUUUAAAUAAAUUCUUUUAAGAAAAUUA